UCUAACAUCUUCCAGUUCAUUAACGAUCACGAAAACAAUUAGUCGUUGGCUCGUCAGACUCGUCGUUUUUAUGUUGAAAAUCUUUAAUAUUUUGAAAGGCGUUCAGAAAACACAAAGCCAAAUGGCCGGAUCAUCGAAAGUGUUUGUGGUUGGUGUUGGAAUGACGAAGUUUGCCAAGCCGGGCACAAAACCAGGUGAUUAUCCCGACUGGGCGAAAGAGGCUGUUCUGAAUGCAUUAAAAGACGCCAACCUUCAGUAUCGUGAUGUUCAACAAGCUUGUGUUGGUUUUUGCUACGGGGAGUCAACUUCUGGUCAACGUGCACUAUAUGAAAUCGGCAUGACUGGCAUACCAAUUUACAAUGUAAACAACAAUUGUUCAACCGGUUCGACUGCAUUAUACUUAGCAAAACAACUCAUUGAAAAUGGUAAUGUUGAAUGUAUGCUAGCGCUGGGCUUUGAAAAAAUGGAAACUGGAUCACUGAAAGCCAGAUACACCGACCGAGCUCAUCCAAUCGACAAUCACGUAAAGGUUUUAAAGGAAUGCCAUGAGAUCACAACGUCCCCCCGGAACGCACAACUGUUCGGUAAUGCUGGUCUAGAGCACAUGCGGAAGUACGGCUCGAAGCCCGAACAUUUCGCCAAAAUUGCAUGGAAGAAUCACAAACACUCGGUGAACAAUCCGUUUGCCCAAUUUCAAGUGGAAUAUUCGCUGGACGAGAUCUUAAAGUCACCAUCGAUUAAUGGAUAUUUGACGAAAUUGCAAUGCUGUCCGACUAGUGAUGGCGCUGCGGCAUGUAUUCUUGCCAGUGAGAAUUUCGUGCGUAGACAUGGUUUAGAAGAUCAGGCUGUAGAGAUUAUAGGAAUGGAAAUGGCUACGGAUCUGCCAUCGUUAGUGGAAGACAAAAGUAUGAUGAAGGUAGUCGGCUACGAUAUGACUAAAACGGCGGCAGAAAAAUUAUUUUCAAAGACCAACAUCAAACCGACUGAUGUGCAUGUGGUGGAACUUCAUGAUUGCUUUUCGGCCAACGAAUUGAUCACGUACGAAGCACUCGGCCUUUGUCCUGUGGGAAAAGCCGGUGAAUUGAUUGACCGCGGUGACAAUACAUACGGUGGAAAGUAUGUCAUCAAUCCUAGCGGUGGAUUGAUCUCGAAAGGUCAUCCACUCGGAGCCAGUGGACUGGCUCAAUGUUCGGAAUUGUGCUGGCAAUUGAGAGGAUUGGCGGACAAGCGACAAGUACCCAAUGCCAAAAUAGCACUGCAACACAAUCUUGGACUCGGUGGAGCGGUUGUAGUAACUCUCUAUCGAAAGGGAUUUGCUAGCGGAAAGCUGGGCUCAAAGUUGUAAUUCAGUGAAAUUUGGAGCGAAUGAAAUGGUUGUGGUUAACAAAUAAACAAACAGAACGAUAA